AUGUAUAAUUUAUAUUAGCAUUAUAAUAACAAUCCUAAAUUGAACAACUAGAAUGAUAAUAGGAGAGCUUUAAAGGUUCAGUAUUCCUUAGAUUUUUAGAAUAAACAUAGUUAAGAUUAGGAGUACGCGACAUAUUCAUAAAGCUUGUAAAAUGAAAAAGAUUCAAAAUUUAAUUUUUAGAAAGUAUAAUUAAACUAAAAUAUGGAUAUAGAACUUAAUAUUAAACCAAAUUAAAUAUCGCAUCAUUUAAAGAGACAAUAUUACGAAAGGUAUAAACAUCUAUAGAAUACCAAAAAAGAAAUACAGUAAAAGCAAGAAAUGGAAAAUAAUAUAUUAUAAAAAACAGAACAAGCAAUUUUAAGUUCUAAAGGACAACUCAAUUUAUCUUAUAUGCAAAAUCAUUAAAAUGAUUAAAAUAAAAUUUUUAGUAGAGGAAACUUAGUAAAAUAAAUUUAUCAAAAUUAAGUUAAUUAGUCAUUUAACUGUAUUUAAAAUGAUUAAAAUGAGAUAAAAGAGAAUAAAAGAAGAUAUAUAAAAGAUGCAUAAAAUAAUAUAAAGAAAGAUAAAAACAUUGAGAAAAAUGCAAACAACAUAGAAACUCCUCAAAAUUUGUUAAAGAUAGAAAUAUUAAAUGAAAACAAAGAAAUGAAAAAAUAGCAAUUAAAGAUAGAAUAACAAGAUAAGCAAAUUUAUAAAUAAUUUGAAUGUGAUGCUCUUGAAAGAAAGUGUAUGACAGAAUUUGAUGAACGAAAAAAAUAAAAAGUGUUAACAGAUUUAGGUGAAAAGAAUGGCUAAUAUUACCAAAGAAAUACUUUAAAUUUGGAUGAGUUCAAAGAAAAUAUUAAAGAAGCUAAUUCUACUUAUUUGCUAAAUAAUUCAAAUAAAUUUGUUUCUGGUAGAAUGAUAAAUAAUUUUUGUAAUGAUAGUGAUAGUAAAAAUUAGGGAUCACAAAUUAAUAAUAAAAAUAAAAGUAGUGAUAAACCAAUUAAAUUUGUUUAACAACAUUAUUAAAAAUACAAAAGACCACCUGUAGUUUUUAAAUAAAAAAGAAAUGAAUAAAAUCAAAGUUUAGAAAGAAAUAAAUGUAAUUUUUAACUAAAUAACUCAGAUUGUUAAAUUGAUAAAUAAAUAAAAAACUAUUCUAAAAAUUAAAGACUAUUGAAUUAGAUAGAUUUAAAAAAGAUCACUCAAUAAAAGCCAAACUUUGAAUUGAAAUCUCUUGAUUUUUAGGUUGAUUUAUGUUAAUAAUCUUAUAGAAGCAUACCGACUUCUGAUUUGUCAGCUAGAGAGUCAAAAAUAAAGGAUUAAAUCUUAAAUAAAACAAGAAGUAAUAAAUAUGGUCUGAAAAAGGAAUAAAUAAUAUCUAAUAAUAUUCAAAAUUUUACUAAAGAAAACAGUAAUGAAUAAAAUAUUAAUAACUUUUUAUCAAUAUAAUUCCCAAAUAAAACUUUUUCAAAUGCAACAAAUGAUUAAAAUGAAGAUAGUCUUCUUUUAGCUUGCAGAGAUAAAAAUUAAUCAAUUUAAAGUUAAAAUAUGCUAUCUAUGUAUAAUCAAGGUAUUAGGAAUUAUUUAAAUUUUGAGAGUAUUUAAAACAUGUAUAACAAUGGUUAAAUAACUCCCAUUUACGUUAAGCCUGGAAGUGCAAAAUAAAAAAAUGCAAGCAGUCGAAAGAGUAGUAAAGUCAGAUUUGCUCAAGAAUUUAAAGAAGGUAGAAUUAGAAGCUUAACAGAGUAAUCACAGAGUAAAGAUGAUAGAGUAUCUAUUAACAAAAUUUUGAUGGAUUCUUUUUUUGGAAAGAAACCAGCAAACUUAUUAGAAAAUAUUGUAAUAAACACACAAUAGAAUUCUGCUCUGAGUAAUUAAUACAUUCAUGAUGAUAUACAACUAGAAAAUAGUGAAAAUAAAAAUAGAGAAGAAGAAUAAUUUAAAUUUAUUUAAAGAAAUAUUCUAGUUAAAUCUUUUAACGAACUCUGA